UACGUUGCAUCGGAAGCUUCACGUUUAUCAUUACCCACCUUUUGGUGCAAUAUAAAUGUGACAUUGGAGACAUGAAAGGGUGCGUGCUCUCUAGCUAGUCAUUUUAUAGAAUUAGAAAGAAGAGCUCUCCUAUGAACAUAUGGAGAAGAACAAGUCCUACCCAGCAUACUCGGCUGCGUACUUAGGUGAAUUUGAGACCGAAGAGAGGUCGAACUCGUACAACUUCAAUGGGCCAGGUGGGAAAGGCAGUGGGUUUGCAGCGUCGAGUGAUCCGGAGCUGAAGAGGAAGAAGCGGAUCGCAGCCUACAACGUGUUCGCCGCGGAGGGCAAGCUCAAGUCCAGCCUCAGGAACAGCUUCAAGUGGAUCAAGGGCAAGGCAAACGAGGUUCGCUACGAUGUGUGCGAGUGAUCGUCGGGCCAAAUUCUGGCGACAAGAACUUUUUAAUCUAAUCAAUCUAGAGCUGUUUCAAUACUUCCAUGUCUAGAACUUGUGUUCUUUUCCUUCUUUUUCUUGGGGGGUUUCUAUGAAGUGUGAUGCGGAGGACUACUUUUGCUCUUGUCGUCAGAAAACACUACCGAGCAUGGAGAGCAUGAGUAUUGGGGCAGUAUAUUAGUUUGUGCAUCUUUUCUCUCAAGAGAAAAAAUUGGAACUUGCAUAUGCAUAUAUAUAUAUAUGUGCAAGCCUUGCACAGUACUGCCAAUCAUCAUAUGGAAUUCUUCCAUUUCUGGUUUGAUAUGUGAAGCACAAGACAAGCAUUUGAUUCUCUUGUCCAAA